AUCCGCAUAAUUGAGUUUUAGUAUAAAUCCAUGAAACGUUGUCUUGUACAUCACACAGUCACUUGACGACUGUUGAAGACAAUCGGACAACAACCAUAGAUAAGCGCAGACUGGGACGGACUCCCAUGGAAUGAGACCAACUGAAUAAAAAUAAAUUAAAAAAGUAAUAUUAAUAAUAUUUACUAUCACCCAUUGAUAAGGCGAUAAACAUAAUAGUAGGAAAAAUAAAAAAUUAACCGGCAAAAGAAAGUGAUUCGACGAGCAACAACAAAAACACUACACAAAGUAAACAUAAACAAAAAUGGCUUCAUUACUCAUUCGAACAGCCCUCUUUGCAGUUCUUCUAAGCUGCACAUUGCACUCAACUACUGCUGGAACUAUAGCACCCUCAGAAAUGGCAACACGUAAUCUAUUUGCAGCAAAUCUCUUUUCAUUUGUGGCACCCGAACAUCUCGGCGAGAAUGUGGUCUAUUCACCUGCUUCAAUACAAACUUGUCUGGCCUUAGGCUUUACUGGUGCCGACGGUAAAACGGCUCAGGAAAUGCGCAAAGUUUUAUAUCUUGGCGAAGGAGACAAACGCCAAGUGGCCAAAAAUUAUGGCGACUUUCUUAAGGUAGCCUUCAAAAACACCAAGGACAAUGGUCCCAUUCUUAAGAUGGCCAAUCGUUUGUAUGCCAAUCAAAAUCUACAAAUCGCCGAAGAAUAUAAUAAAAUCGCCACCGAAUAUUUGGAUGCCCAAGCGGAAAAUGUUAAUUUCCAAAAUUCCCAAGAAGCCAUUCAAAAAAUCAACAACUGGGUGGAGGAACAAACUGAGAAUAAAAUUAAAAAUCUUAUGCAACCGGGUUCAGUGGAUGGUACAACCAGUGCCGUUUUGGUGAAUGCCAUUUAUUUCAAGGCCAAAUGGUUGAAACCCUUCAGUCUGUCAUCGACCAGGAAGGGCACAUUCAAGUUGAGUACCAAGCAGGAUGUUCAGGUCGACAUGAUGUAUCAGGAUGAAAAGUUCCAAUAUGGUGAAUUCCCCAAAUACGAUGCCAAAGUCUUGGAAAUGCCCUAUGAAAACUCGGAUCUAUCAAUGAUGCUUAUUUUACCCAAUGAAGUUGAGGGUCUGGCAAAAUUGGAAGAGAAAUUGAAAGGCGUCGAUCUGAAUGAAAUUUCCUCGCAGUUGAAAACACAUGAUGUAGAUGUAUUUCUACCGAAAUUCCGCAUUGAAUUCGAUAUUGAUUUGAAGGAACCCUUGAUGAAGAUGGGUCUGAACACAAUGUUCUCGGAUGCGGCUAAUUUCAAUAAAUUAUUUGUUAAUGCACCUGCAUCACAAAAAGUCUCGGAUGUUAAACACAAAGCCUUCUUAGAUGUCAACGAAGCCGGUUCAGAGGCAGCAGCUGCUUCAUAUAUGAAAAUUGUACUGAUGAGCCUGAACUUAAAUCAAAAGUCCUUCAAUGCAGAUCAUCCCUUCGUAUUUGCCAUACGCAGCAAGACAGCGGUGUAUUUUGCCGGUCAUGUUUCAAAGUUUUGAGAAAGUUGAUUUUGCCAGUUAUAUACACAUUGGAAAUUUUUUAUAUUUGGAUAUAUUGUAAAUGGAAAAGUUAAAUAUAAAAUUGUAAUUAAGAAAUACAA